AUGGGCGGCGGCGGCAGCUCCGGCGAGCGGGUGGCGUGGGAGGCAGCCAGCCUCGUGUGCCGCAUCGCGACGGCGGGCAUGUCGCUGGGGUCGGCCAUCAUGACCGCCGCCUCGACGCAGUGCGUGCUCCGGGACGACGGCAGCAGCGCCGGCACCGUCUCCUAUAGCGACUACGGCUCCUUCAAGUACUCGGCGCUCGCGGACCUGCUGUCGGCGGUGCUGCAGAUGGUAACGAUCUUCCUGGAGGUGGUGGGGAAGGAGAAGUGGGCCAGCACCGUGGAGCUCAUCGACAGGCUGGUGCAGGCGCUCACGUCGACGUCGGCGGCGCUGCUGCUCGCCGUCGACGACAUCACCUCCUGCGGCCCGCCUCGCGGGCGGCGCAGCGGCGCGUGCCGCAGCGGCCAGACCCGCGGGUUCUGCGGGCGGGUCCGCGUGUCGGCGGCGCUCUCCCUCGCCGCAGCCGUCACCGUCUCCGCCUGCAUCUACACCAACCGGUUAGCAGCAACCGUCACGCAGGCGCCGGCGCCGGAAGAGAAGAAGAAGGAAAGCAUAUACACCUACCGGUUAGCACCAACCGUCACGCUGACGCCGGCGAGGAAAGAGAAAGAAGCGGAAGAGAAGAAGAAGAAAGAAGAAGAGGGAAAAGGUGAAGAGAAGAGGAAAAAGAAAGAUGAGGAAGAGCGGUGA